GAAAAACCACACUCCACGCAGUAGCGCAGCCCAUUUCUAGAUACUGCUUUUCUCUCAAAACAAACAACAAAAAUGGCGUUCCGCCAUGAGGUCGAGGUCACCAUCGCCGGCGCCACCGAUCUCAAAAACGUCAAUUGGCGCCACGGCAAGCUCAAGCCCUACGCCGUCGUCUGGAUCGAUCCGAAGAACAAGUGCUCCACACGCGUCGACGACGACGGCGACACUUCCCCCCGCUGGAACGAUAAACUCACAAUUCCUCUCACCUCCUCCGUCGACGACGCCACGCUCCACAUCGACAUCGUCCACGCCGACGCCGCCGACGACACCAAACCGCUCAUCGGAUCCGCCAGGCUCCCCCUCCGCGACGUUGGAAUCGGAAACCGAUCGGAGAAGAAACUCGACCUUAAGCGCCCCUCCGGCCGCCCCCACGGCAAAUUAGAAAUCGAAGUUACCGUGCGCGAGCCGCGCUACCCUGCGCCGGAUCCUUACGCGCCGCCUUACGGCGUUCCGCCGCCGGGAACCAGAGAUUACCCCCCUCCGCCGCCGUACGGAAACCCCUACGCUCCUUACGCCGCGCCGCCGUCGGGUUACCCCUACGGCGCCGCGCCUCCGCCGUCCGGAUAUCCUCCUUACGGAUCGGCGCCGCCUCCGUCGGCGUACUCUGCCUACGGUUCCGCGCCGCCUCCCUCGGCCUAUCCGGCGUACGGAUCGGCCGCUCCACCGCCCUACGGGCAGCCGAGCUACGGGCAGACCGGUUACUACGGGCAGACCGGUUACGUGGAGGAUAAGAAAAAGAGUAAAUUUGGUGGGAUGGGGGCGGGAUUGGCUGUGGGUGCGGUCGCAGGGGCUUUGGGUGGACUCGCAAUAGCGGAGGGUGUAGAUGCACUCGAGGACAAGAUUGCUGAUGACGUGGCAGAUCGUGUGGAGGACGAUUUAGGCUAUGAUGGCGAUGAUUUCUAGAGGAACUGACCUCCUCUUUUCUCUAUGCUUACUUCUAUUUAUUUGUUUUUUUCUUUCCAAAUGUUAAAAAUUAGGAUAAAUAUAUCAUUUUUAUUUUUAUUUA